AUGCAGAACGAGUUCGACGCGCUGCGCUGGCGCCUCGCGCGUGGUGAGCCGGGGUUGAUCGACCCGUAUGCGGCCACCGACCCGGCGGAGUUCUUCGCCGUCAUCAGCGAGCUGUUCUUCGAGCGGCCCAUCGAAUUGGCCGCCGGCCACCCGGCGCUGUAUGCCGAGCUCAGCGGCUACUACCGGCUGGACCCGGCGGGCUGGGCCUGA